AUGCGGUCCCAGACUCAGCCCGGUAGCCUGAUUGGUACUCGUCCCGAGUCGCCAUCUAUGGCACCCCAGCUGAAUUUGAUGACUCCAGACGCUUUCAGUUCGCCGGGCAAGCGCGAGGAAGAUGACCCACCAUUGUCCGCUACACCUGACGUGAGCAAGCCGCGCAGCUCCACUGGAGGUCCGUGUGAGGAGUCGCUAGCCGAGACUGCUGGGAAGCUAGCGUCGGCCGGCUCCAGCCCCAGUAGAGAGGUGCAGCAGAUCAUGGCGCACAACGACCAUCCCUUCUUCAAGGAGGAGGAGGUAGAGGAGCAGGUGGAGGUAGAGGAGGGCGAGGCGAAUGGGUCGGACGAGCUGUACGAGGCGGCGGCGCUGUACGCGGCCGACGACGUGUUCCCCGAGCCCGCGCCGGCCGCGCCCGCGCUGCCCGCGCCCGCCCUGCCCGCGCCGCCCGCGCUGCCCGCGCCGCCCGCGCUGCCCGCGCUGCCCGCCAAGCUCGUGCACACCAAUAGCGACACCUGGCCGCAGAUAUCGGUGCCACAGAUCUCGGAGGGCGGGCGCAAGGCGUCCAGCGACAAGUCGGGCAGCCAGUCGGCCAACGCAUCGCUCAACUUAUCGGCCGACCGCAACGAAGAAAUUCGUUGUUCCGGCCUCUCUCCCUCUGAUAAGACUCGACUUGAGGCACUCGAACAUAAACUGGAUAAACUUACCGAAAUGCUGAGCGUCCAGACCCGCGAGCUGCGUUCCCUGCGCGGCGCGGUGGUGUCCCCGCGGGACAUCAUCGAUGAAGCUCUACAUGCGCACACGCAGCGCACCACGCAGGCUGUCGAGAGCGCACUGGCUGACGGCUGGGAGCGCAUCGGGCGCGUGGGCGAGGCGGCGAGCGCGCGCGCGGCGGCGGCGGGCGUGGGCGCGGCGCGCGCGCUGGAGCCGCUGGCCGCCGCGCUGCAGGCCGAGCUGGCCGGCAAGCUCACCGCCACCGACGCCCUGCUCCGAGAGAACAUCGAGAAGCUCGCCAACAGCAAGACCAUUAUGGAGCGUCUAAGCACUUCGAUCGCGAAGUCUCUGUCCGACAUGGUGCGUGAAUCGUUCCGCGAGGCACUCUUUGAGAGCGUCAUACCCGUCAUGGAGAAGACGCACGCUCAAAUCUUCAAGCAGAUCAACCAGGCCUUCCAGAAUGGUACUAAGGAAUUCGCGGCCAACACGGAGGCGGCGGCGCGCGCGGCGGCGGAGCGCGGCGGUGCGGCCGCGGCGGCCGGACUGCGCGCGGCGCUCGACCGACACGCGGACGCGCUCGCCAGCGCCACCGCCGCCACGCAGCACCUGCACGUCGCGGACGUCAUACGGGACGCCACGCACAAUGUGCUGGAGAAGGAGCUAUGCUGGUGGAGGGAGCAGGCCCGUGGCGUAGCCCUGGCCUCGCGGGCGCACUCCCCGUCCACGCCGCAUUCACACCACGCACACGAUCGCCAGAUGCAAGUAGCACAGAUCCAGUCUUUGAUUGCUAGUGGCGACGUGAACGGUGCCUUCCAACAAGCUCUGUCGGCGUCCGACCUCGCUCUAGUAGUGAUGGCGUGUCGCGCGGCCGAGCCUGCCCAGGUGUUUGGGCCCCCGUGCAAGCUGAAACAGCACGUGCUACUGUCGCUCGUACAGCAACUCGCUGCUGACAUGGCGCGAGAUACGCCGCUUAAACACAGGUACCUAGAGGAAGCAGUGAUGAACCUGGACACGUCGAACCCAGUGACCCGCGAGCACCUGCCGGCGGUGGUCCGCGAGCUGCAGAAGCAGUUGAUGUCGUUCCUGGCGGGCGCGCCCAACCACGCGCUGGCGCGCCAGCUGCGCAUGCUGCUCAUGGCCACCGAGGCGCUCGUCAAGGCCAGCGCCUGA